AUGAGAGUUGAACAAAAAGGUUCUAUAAUUAAGUGUAUUUCAAAAGAUUCAAUAGAAACUGUUGCGCCUGGUUCAUCUGUCAUUCUUGUUGGUACACAUCAUGAUCAAAUAGUGAAAUUAAAAAAUUACCGUCAAUUAUCCGAAAAUUUUCAAUCGAUUAUCUAUCAACGUUUUAUAGAUACAUCGCAGAGUGAAAAAUUAGGCUAUCCAAAAGUUCUUGAAUCAAUUGAAAUCAGUAAUAAAACAGGUUACAAUGUAAAACAACUUUGUACAUUGAUUUACGAUGUUGCCGGACAAUUACUUGCACCAAGUGCUAAAGAUCAAGGAAUAUUUCAACAGAGAAUACCCGCUAAAUAUAUCUAUUUGGAAGAAGCACUUGAAGAAUAUCGAAUAAAUAAAAAGACAUCGAUUUUAAAUGAUAAAGAAUAUCAAGAAUUAAUUAAGGAAAUAUCUCAAAAGAACAAUUCGGUUCAAUUUCGUGAUUGGAUUGAACUUCAACAGGCAACAAAAUGGUUACAUGAAAAUGGCAUAAUUAUUCAUUUCGAAGAUACUUUAUUGUCAAAUUAUUAUUUCCUUGAUCCUCAAUAUCUGGCCGAGUUAUUAGCACAGUUAAUUGCUUCGGAACAAACAAAUGGCCUUGCAAGACAUGGACUAAUGAAAAUCAAGGAAUUACCCAUGGCAUUCGAAGAUAAAAAUGUAUCAAACAGUCAUAGCAUAUCAAUUCUUCUUCCAUUGUUACACAAAUUCGACCUUGCAAUCACAUGGGACAAUCAACAUUUAUUAUUUCCAUCACUUCUUCCAGUUCAAUUGAGUUUAGACACUAUUUCCAGCCAUUGUCGUGCAGCGAUCAUAUCUUCCUCGAGUGUCAUUCUAUUCAAAGAACCAUCGAAUCAACUUGAACAUUUAAAUCUUCUUCCACUCUCAAAUUCAACCAAAUCAACUUCAUUACAUUUAAAAUAUUUAGCACGCAUUAAAAAAGACAAUGAUUUAUAUUCCUAUAUUCGUCGCUAUUAUCAUUUAAUUUUCAUUCCAACUUGUUUUUGGUCUCGUUUAUUCACGCGUUUAAUUGGCGAUAAAGAAUUACAGAAAGCAUUUCUCAAUUAUUUUCUUGUCGAUCUCCAAUCGAAUCAUUCAAAUGAAAAAAUAAAAACCAUUCUCAUGGCUGAAUGCUCAUGGAUUGUUUGUCAAACAGGCUUAGAACUUCGAUAUUAUGAUUGUUGUCUUCUAAGAAUCAAUCAAAUUAAUUUACCACCUGCUACUAUCGACGAUGAUAUUUCAUAUUCAUAUUUAAACAUCAUUUUUCAAUUUCAUACCGACGAAGAACAAAAUAAACAAAUUUUACCAUUUGACGACCAUGGAUCUUUAAUCGAAAUUCUUGUUUGUACGAGUGAUCUACAAAUGAUCAUAGAUUCCAAUGAUGAUGAUGACAGUGAAAAUUCAAAUACAUUUAUUGUUGAAUUGUUUGUUCAGCAAAAUACAAUCGCUCGUAUAUUAACAAUAUUAAUGGCACAUUUUGAUGCUCUCUUAGAAGAUUGGUAUCCUGAGAUGGGCACGAGAUUUGUACAAAAUUCGAAGGGGGACUAUUUAAUCAAUCGCUUUAUUCCAUGCCAUCAAUGCUUGCAUGAAAAUGAUCAAUCAGAAAAAUUUAUUUGUCAUACGUUUUGGUUAGAAGCAUUGAUGAUGUUGAUUGAAAAACAAAUGGAAAUAAAAUGUGAAAAACAUGGAGUAAUUUCUCUUAAACUGGCCGCACCUGAUUUAAUUUUUCAUGAUUUAUCGUCGAGUAAUUUUAUUAUUCCAUUUGAAACAAUUAAAUUGAAGAAAUUCAUUGGGCAAGGUACAUUUGGGACGGUUUUUGCUGCUACAUCAUACAAGUCGACGGUGGAGCUUGCUUGUAAAGCGUUUGUACCAAUGGAUUCGUCGAUUACUACUGGUCUUAUUGAACAGGCGCACGGUGGAAAUAGAGAUGAAGAUAAUGAAAAGAAAAUAUCUUUACGUGAUAUUGCAAAAGAAUGGACGCGUAAUCCAAUGCGUGCAGCUGCAAAAGCUUAUAUAAAUUGUCGACAAGAACUAUCAGUUCUUUUAACAACUGGUUCACAUCCAAAUAUAGUUCCGCUAGUUGGUUUAUGCAUUCGACCGUUAAGUUUAAUGUUACAUUAUGCUCCUAUGGGCUCACUUGAAUCGAUAUUGAAAGAAUAUAAACGAACGAAUACUCAACUAGGAUUUACUAUCUAUCAAAAAUUAAUUAUUCAAAUUGCUAGUGCUAUUGUUCAUUUACAUAAGAAUCAUAUAAUUUAUCUUGAUCUUAAAUCAGAAAACAUUCUUGUUUGGAAUAUGCCUCAACCACGUCUACCAUCGAGUGGACAAGUUCUUGUUAAAUUAUCGGAUUUUAGUAUUAGUCGAGUAUUAUCAUCGAUUGGUACGAAAGGUUUUGCUGGUACCGAAGGUUAUAUUGCUCCGGAAAUCGUUCGAUUUACAGGCGAUGAAUUAUAUACGGAAAAAGCUGAUAUAUUUUCUUUUUCUAUGCUCAUGUAUGAAUGUCUCUCAUUGAAUCAUCCAUUCAGUAGAAAUAAACGUGACCAUGCACGAGAAUUGAUCUUACACGGUUGGCGACCGUCUUUAACUGAACAGGAAUUAUCUUCUCCAACAUUAAUUCUUGAUUUAAUGGUUGCCUGCUGGUCCGAACAUCCCAAUGAUCGUCCAUCGGCAGAUGAUAUUCAUCGUUUAUCGAGUUCAAUAGAAUUUUGCCAUUUGAUGGAUGCCAUUGAAAUUGGUAAUCGAGAAGACUUUAGUGAUUCGUAUGCAUUAGCUACUGUUUCAUAUCGAGAAAAUAAUGAGAAUUUUGAAAAUGGUGAUAAUAUUGACGAUGAUGAUGAGGCUGAAAUUCCAACUGCAGAUUGCUGGUUUAUUCGACAAUCGAAACAAGAACAACAAUCGUCUAUUGUUGUUGUUGCUUAUGAUCAAUUCAAUGCAGUUAGUCAACAGAUAAUCAAUCUUGGCAAUUGUGAAAUUCGUGCAAUUUAUUACCAUAUGCGCGAUCAUGUUAUACUCUUAGCUGAUCGUCAAAACAUGAUUUAUAUUUAUUGUACACAAACAUUUCAAAAAUUAAAUCAAUUUCUUCUCGUGCAUCAUCAACAAAAUGGUCAUCCAAUACAUAUGACCGGUUUACUCGAAACGUCAACUUUGUUUUUACUAUUGUCAGAUAAUUCAAUAUAUAGUAUUGAUCUAUCUCUAGCUUUAAAUCGAUCUCGAAAUGUAAUGUCAUCGAUAGCUGAUCAUUGCUAUCGUUAUGUAGCGAAUGUUUCCCUGCCAACAUUUAAAAUUCUUGCAUUACCAACCGCUAGCGGCCGAAAUGUCGAAAUAUGGUGUGGUUGUUCGUUAGGAAAUUUACGUAUUAUCGAUGUUCGUACUGCUCAAUUAUCUGUUCAAUUAUCGCAUCAUUUAAUAUCGGGAUCAAGUGCUGUACAUUUACUUUGCGUGGCUAAAACUUCAAUUUAUCAAUAUACUAUUUGGACAGCUAUGAAAACAGGAAAUUUUGUUUGCAUUUGGAACCAUCUCUCUCGUCGUAUGACCAAUCAAUUGGAUUGUUCACAAAUUAUUAAACGAUCUAACGAUGAAUCCAAUGGUAUUUCUAUUGAUUCAAUUUUACCAACUCGAAACCUUGUAUUCAUUGGACUAAAUACUGGCCAUAUAAUUAUUGUUAAAGCAUCAUCGACUCUAGUUUUGUAUACUGUUCAUGCCUAUGACCAACAAGUAUUGCAUCUAUUUGCUCUUUCUCCAUCUGCUUUCUCGCCGUCGACGAUAAAUGAAUCACAUGAUGGUCGAUUUGUAACUCAAUUUAAAUACUUACAAGACAAAUUUGAACAACAUCGACUUAGCAGAGGUACAAAUCCGCGUACUCCAAUUCUAGCUAGAACUGAUAAUAAUGAUAGUGAUCUUGAUAAUAUAUCUUAUAUGUUAGCGAUCGGCUUCGGAGCAAAAGCAUAUCAAUCAAUUCCACAAGUACAACGGUAUUCAUCGGAGACGAUUUUCUUACAAACAUGGUCCUUAGAUGAUUUUAUCCUUUAA